UUGUUUAACGCCUUAGAAAAGCUUCCUCUCCUGUUAAACACAGGGCGGCGCCUGCGUGCGACCUCGAAAGCUAGUGGCGAAGAGCUCCAGGUCCAGUGAUUAACGAUGGCGUCAAGCCAGAGCAUCGAUCUUUUCAAGUCCCAGGCGAGGCUUCCUAAAUUCGCCAUCCCCAGGCGAUACGAUCUCUUCCUUAGGCCCGAUCUCUCAUCCUGCACAUUCGCUGGCCUCGCCGAGAUCGCCGUGGACGUGGUCGGUGACACUAGGUUUUUAGUCCUUAAUGCCGCUGACCUCUCCAUAGACAGCGGUUCCGUCCUUUUUAAGAGUCCGAGUGUUUCUAAGGAUCUCCGUCCGUCGGAGGUUGUAUUGGUGGAGGAAGAUGAAAUCUUGGUGCUUCGAUUUGAUGAUGUUCUUCCCAGUGGGGAGGGAUUUUUGGGGAUCGGCUUUCAAGGAACGUUGAGCGAUAGAAUGAAAGGUUUUUAUCGAAGUGUGUACGAGUAUAAUGGUGAAAAGAAGAAUAUGGCUGUCACUCAAUUUGAGCCCGCUGAUGCUCGAAGAUGCUUUCCAUGUUGGGAUGAGCCGUCUUUUAAGGCCACAUUCAAAAUAAAAUUGGAGGUUCCAUCUGAUUUAGUAGCUUUAUCAAACAUGCCAGUUUUGGAGGAAACAAUUAAUGGGCCUGUUAAGAUUAUCUCCUUCCAGGAGUCACCGGUAAUGUCUAGUUAUUUGGUAGCCAUAGUGAUUGGUCUGUUUGAUUUUGUGGAAGCCUCAACAUCUGAUGGGAUAAAGGUUCGUGUAUACUGUCAAGUUGGUAAGACUAGCCAAGGAAAAUUUUCACUAGAUGUUGCAGUGAAGACAUUGGACUUGUAUAAAAAGUAUUUUGCUAUUCCAUACCCACUUCCCAAGUUGGAUAUGGUUGCCAUUCCUGACUUUGCUGCUGGAGCUAUGGAAAACUAUGGUUUGGUCACAUAUCGUGAAACAGCAUUGUUGUUUGAUGAUCACCACUCUGCAGCUUCAAAUAAGCAAAGGGUGGUCGUUGUUGUAGCUCAUGAGCUUGCUCACCAAUGGUUUGGGAAUCUUGUAACGAUGGAAUGGUGGACUCACUUAUGGUUGAAUGAGGGAUUUGCAACAUGGGUCAGCUAUCUUGCAGCCGAUUCUUUUUUUCCUGAAUGGAAAGUCUGGACGCAGUUUCUUGGUGAGACGACCGCUGGACUUAGGCUGGAUGCGCUUGCUGAAUCACAUGCUAUUGAAGUAGAUAUUAAUCAUGCUAGUGAAAUUGAUGAGAUAUUCGAUGCUAUAAGCUACAAAAAAGGGGCCUCAGUGAUUAGGAUGCUGCAAAGUUACCUUGGUGCUGAAAGUUUCCAGAGAUCAUUGGCUUCCUACAUAAAAAAAUUUGCCUGGUCGAAUGCGAAGACAGAAGACUUAUGGGCUGCCCUUGAAGAGGAAUCAGGUGAACCAGUAAAGAUAUUGAUGGAAUCUUGGACUAAGCAGAAAGGUUAUCCUGUUAUCAAUGUAAAAAUCAAUGAUGGGAAGUUGGAACUUGAGCAGACACAGUUUCUGUCAAGUGGUUCCGAAGGGAGUGGACAAUGGAUUGUUCCUAUUACAGUAUCUUGUGGUUCUUAUGCAUCUCAAAAGAAGUUCCUGCUAAAAACAAAAUCUGAAAAAUUGGAUGUUCCAGAACUGACCAAUUUAAUAAGCACAAGCGAUGGAAGCUUUUGGAUCAAACUCAAUGUCGAUCAAACAGGCUUCUAUAGAGUGAAAUAUGAUGAUCUCCUUGCAGCUGGAUUGCGAUCUGCAAUAGAGGCCAACCAACUUUCUCCAACUGAUAGAUUUGGCAUUUUGGAUGAUGCAUUUGCCCUUUCUAUGGCCUGUAAGCAAACAUUGUCAUCUUUGUUGUCUUUGUUGGCUUCCUUCUCAGAAGAAGAUGAAUAUACACUUCUAUCUCAGAUAAUCACUAUUAGUUAUAAAAUUGCUAAUAUUGCUGCUGAUGCUGCCCCAGAGCUACUGGCAGAACUCAAACAGUUCCUGAUCACGCUUCUCUGGCGUCCUGCAGAGAAACUAGGUUGGGAUUCCAAAAUUAAUGAAGGCCACUUGGAUGCUAUGUUAAGAGGGGAGCUCUUGACUGCUCUUGCCCAGUUGGGUCAUGAUCUUACUAUCAAAGAAGCAGUCAGACGUUUUUAUGCCUUCUUAGAUGACAGAGAUACAGCACUUCUUCCUCCUGAUAUAAGAAAGGCUGCUUAUGUUGCUGUGAUGCAAACUGUUGACAGUUCAAACAAAAAAGGAUACGAAUCUCUUCUUAGAGUUUACAGAGAAACUGAUCUAAGCCAGGAAAAAACUCGUAUAUUAAGUGCUCUAGCAUGCAGUUCUGAUCCUGUCAUUAUUCUUGAUGCUCUAAACUUUGUAUUGUCAUCGGAGGUCCGGAAUCAAGAUGCUAUUCAUGGGCUUUAUGGAGUAAAUAUAGAAGGACGUGAAAUUGCAUGGACGUGGUUAAAGGAUAACUGGGAUUACAUUUCGAAGACAUGGGGCUCUGGGUUUCUAAUUACCCUUUUUAUCAGUUACACAGUUUCGCAGUUUGCCUCGGAUGAGAAGGCCAAUGAAAUCGAAGAAUUUUUUGCAAGCCGAACCAAACCUUCGAUUGCUAGAACAGUGAAGCAAAGCAUUGAGCGUGUUAGAAACAAUGCAAAAUGGAUCAAGAGCAUUAGAAGCGAGGAGUCACUUGCUCAGACGAUAAAGGAGCUAGCAAACAAGUCCUAAAGAGUUUUUGUUGCAUUUGCCAUCGUCCAUGUUGAACGCUAACAGUCACGUUUUAUGUGGGAUUUAAUUUAUUUGCUUUAAUGUUCUUAUAGUGUUCGUAAGCAAAUUGUCUUAGUUUAUUAACAAAAAAUAAGCUUGAACUGUCUUAGGGCAAUAUAUUCUCUUAUAUACUGACAAGUUGUGGUUGCAUAAUUUAAUCCAAGUCAUUGAUAAAGAUUAGACAAAUUACUGAAAACCA